UAUUCCGGGAGACGAGUUGUCUACACACAGAACAGAGAAGACAGGGCAGAAAAUUCAAGGGGGACUCUGCCUACAGAUCACUGUUGCUCUGGAGUUUUUGAACCCGGUUAUUACCAGCGAAAGGUUUUAAAACAAUUCUUUGUUUGGGCCCAGGAGGCUAAAGAUGGCAAUGCAGAUGGGUGAGACAGAGGGGACUGUGAAGGUGACUGAGUGGCAGCAGACGAUGUAUGCUGGAGACUCAGGCUUUCAGUCUGGGGCCACCACAGUGCGCUCAGAUGACGAUGGAUCAGAAUUCACCAAAAAAUACACUCUUACCACCGUGGUCACCGAAAAUCCAGCAGAUGUAGAGUCUCAGUAUGCCCUGACCCGGGCCCAGCGUGUGAGAGCCGCCAUGUUCCCAGAGACAGUGACAGAGGGCAUGACCGUCCUGUCCACACAGACCGACGUUAGUCAGCAAACUAACGUCCAGAAACUGGCAGAACCCUCUCAGCUCCUCAAACAAGCCAUUAUUCACCUCAUCAACUACCAAGAUGACGCUGAACUAGCAACACGUGCAGUGCCUGAACUGACCAAACUGCUGAACGACGAUGACCAGGCCGUAGUCAACAAGGCGGCUCUGAUUGUGAACCAGCUGACCCGGAAGGAGGCUUCUCGUCGUGCCCUCAUGCAGUCGCCUCAGGUGGUGGCAGCAGUGGUACGCGCCAUGCAGAACACGGGCGACAUGGAAACCGCUCGUGCGACGGCCAGCAUUCUGCACAACCUCUCCCACCAACGCGAGGGUCUGCUUUCCAUCUUCAAAUCCGGCGGCAUCCCUGCCCUGGUGCGAAUGCUCAGCUCCCCAAUGGAAUCAGUGCUGUUUUAUGCCAUCACCACUCUGCAUAACCUGCUACUGCACCAAGAAGGAGCCAAAAUGGCCGUGCGUUUGGCAGACGGGCUGCAGAGGAUGGUCCCCCUGCUCAAGAAGAGCAAUCCAAAGUUCCUGGCCAUCACUACAGACUGCCUGCAGCUGCUGUCUUAUGGCAACCAGGAGAGCAAGCUCAUAAUCCUGGCUAACGGGGGUCCUGAGGGCCUGGUCCACAUCAUGAGGAACUACAGCUACGAAAAGCUUCUGUGGACCACCAGCCGUGUGCUCAAAGUGCUCUCUGUGUGUCCAAGCAACAAGCCAGCUAUUGUGGAAGCGGGUGGCAUGCAGGCUUUGGGGAAACACUUGACCGGCUCAAGUCAGCGUCUGACACAAAACUGCCUGUGGACUCUGAGGAACCUGUCAGAUGCUGCCACAAAACAGGAGGGUUUGGAGAGUCUGCUGCACGUUCUGAUUGGCUUGCUCAGCUCUGACGACCUCAACACGUUGACCUGUGCUACGGGCAUCCUGUCAAACCUGACCUGCAACAACGCUCGCAACAAAACCUUGGUAACCCAGGGCAACGGGGUGGAGACACUCAUCCACGCUGUCCUGCGAGCUGGAGAGAAGGAAGACGUGGCUGAGCCAGCUGUCUGCGCUCUACGUCACCUCACCAGUCGCCACCAGGAUGCCGAACUGGCCCAGAACGCAGUGCGCAUACACUACGGAAUCCCUACUAUUGUCAAACUGCUCAACCAGCCCUAUUAUUGGCCUGUCAUUAAGGCUGCCGUUGGUCUGAUCCGUAACCUGGCGCUUUGUCAAGCCAAUCAGGCACCUUUAAGAGAUGCAGAGGCCAUUCCCAGACUUGUCAAUCUUCUACUGAAGGCUCAUCAAGAUGCCCAGAAACAUGGAUCGGCUUCACAACAAACAUACCAGGAUGGAGUGAGAAUGGAGGAGAUUGUGGAGGGCUGCACAGGGGCUCUACACAUCAUGGCCAGAGAUCCAGUGAACAGGACCGAUAUCGCCAACAUGAACACAAUCCCACUGUUUGUGCAGCUCCUCUACUCUCCAGUGGAUAAUGUGAAGCGUGUGGCUGCUGGUGUGCUGUGUGAACUGGCCUUGGAUAAGAAAUCAGCAGAGAUCAUAGAUGCUGAGGGUGCCUCUGCUCCACUCAUGGAGCUCCUUCAUUCCAACAACGAAGGCAUUGCCACCUACGCCGCAGCUGUGCUUUUCCGUAUCUCAGAGGACAAAAAUGCUGACUACAAGAAGCGUGUGUCUGUGGAGCUCACACACUCACUCUUCAAACACGAUCCUGCCGCCUGGGAUAUGGCUCACAACACCAUGCAGAUGGAAUCUCAGUACGCAGGAGACGAGGUAGACGGUUACGGAUACGCCCCUGAGCACCUUGACAUGCAGAUGGACCAUGACAUGAUGCAUGAUGAUUUCCAGAGUGGCAUGCACUAUGACGGAAUUCCGCAAGCCUAUGGGGGAAACUACUAAGAGACUGUCCAAAUUAAGGAGUUUUUUGGAUUGAGAGAACACUGAAAGGGAAGUCAUUCACUGAGAGCGUCUUUGGAGGACUUCUGUAUGCCCCAUUCCUCAAAAUACUCUGCUGUAAUAUAUGAAAUUAUCACUGUUCUGAGAUCAGCAGAUUCUGUUUCACAAAGGCAACAACAGGCACCAUUUUAGUCUUCUUUUUUAUGAGAAAGUUGUAAUUUAGGGCUUAAUGUGGGUUUGUAGCACAUUGGUGGAAACUGUACUGGUAUACUAUGCCAAAGAGACUUUAUUUUGUGAUGAUAAUCAUGUAAACUUUUUUUUUUUUAAAUUAUCGGUAAUAUUUUAGCUGUUGAAGACACUGCCAGUGGUCUUUUAUCACUUCUUGGAUCAAUUUAUUGUUCAGCCGUGAGAGCCCAUAGCUGUGUGCCCAAACUCCAAACUUUGACCAACCAGAAACACUGAUGUAUAUGUUGAGAUGGGUGUUUAUUGGCAUGUUUUGAUGUGUUGUUUUACUGAAUUGUCAGGAGUGAAGUUGCCUCAGCAACUCACUUUCUCUGAAUGUUGUAAAUUCAAUUUGAGAACAGUUAUUAAUUUCAGGUACAUUUUUACAGCUGAAAAAUCCUUUCCUGAGAAGGCCAAAGAGGGCUGAAUCGUAAAAGUGCAGACACUAACGUCGUGAUUGAUUAUGCUCCACUAGCCUUUUAACUUCUACUGUCUUUCCUGUUUUAUACACUGCUUAAUACAGUACAAUCCUAGAUCUGCACCUCCUAGAAAUGCACAGCAGAGAGGGUUGUGUGUUAAGAUAAACUUUUUUUUUCUUUUUUUGUAUAUGUGCAAGCGUGUGUGUGCAGGUACGCGCGUUAGUGUGUGACAGAGAGCAGAGCUUCCAUUAUCUUUUAGACUUUCCUAAAUAUGCACCAAUGGUCUUAAUACUAUAAAAAUGUUUUUUUUUUCCAGUUAAAGUUCAGCAUUAACAAUCAUACCUAAAUAAAUUCAAAGAUGAUCAGAAACGAGUGUAGUUGGAAUAGGCCUGUACUGUGCUUGUGUGCUUCAUAUGGCCCAUGCACUAGUGAUGAGUGGUCAAAGAUAAUGACAGGUUAAGCAUUUUGACUAUAUUGUGUUUUUACUUCAUACUUUGUCCAAA